AUGCAGCACAUAUCAUGUACAUAGUUAGCACGCAGCCCACUGCAUUCGGCUCAUUGCAUUUAUCAGCAGUACACUGCAUCCAGUAACUACAGUACAGCGCAAGCAAAAGACCCCCCCGGAUAGCGCUGUUUUUAUUUUAUGUCUGUCGCGGCUUAUCCCGACUUAGACCAGCAGCCAAGUCGAGCUCCGGGCUACACAGGGGAUGGGGACCCGGAACUGGGAGCUGGCAGCUGGAGUCCAGGUGGUUCUCAACUACUAGCGUCAAAAUUUCCCCAAGCAUCGCGCUCCUUGCAGCUCAACCGUCUUGAUUCGAGGAAAACGAUUCGCGACAGAAACCACGUCCCCGUCGCUUUCGUUUUGGAAUACAGCAGACAAAGAGGCUCAGCGCACAGAACCAGCAACAUGUCGAAACGAGGCGCCGCUGCCGACCAGAUCGUCAAGCUCAUCGUAGGAGCUGGCCAAGCAACCCCCAGUCCUCCCGUUGGUCCUGCCCUUGGUAGUAAGGGUAUCAAGUCCAUAGACUUCUGCAAAGAGUUCAAUGCACGAACACAACACAUCCUUCCUGGCACACCGAUGCCUACCCGAGUCACCGUCCGGCCAGACAGAACAUUUCACUUCGAUAUCCGAACACCUCAGACAUCCUGGCUCCUGAGAAACGCGGCAGAUCUUCCCGUUGGCAAGAAAGGAAAGAGGAAAGGCGCUGCCAAGCCCGGCCACGAAGUGGUUGGCAGCGUGACGUUGAAGCACGUAUAUGAGAUUGCCAAGAUUAAGCAGACCGAGCUGAGGUUGUCCGGUCUCUCUCUGGAAGGUCUCUGCAAAUCCAUCAUCUACCAAGCAAAAUCCAUAGGAAUCUCCAUUGUCGCAUAGGCAAGCCAAACCCGACAAGAGUGCGCAGAGGAGCACAAAACAGCCUGCGAACUGGCUUGUGUACAUAUAUGUGACAUUAGGGGCGGGUCGGGAUCGUGCAGGAUACGUCUUGUCACCGGGGUAGUCACGACCGAUUCGAUUGUACUUUACUCUCAAGACAGCAUUCGCUUUUGCUCGGGAGGGCCAACACGCCACGAGCGCCACCCUCUCAACAGAUCCAAGGCGGGCUUGCUGAUGCCUGAAGCCUAGAAAAGGCUUAUCAUAAUAAUUCAUCGAUCCCUCUAUAUUAUGCUCAACCU